AUGGCGGCAAUGGGGAGAGACGACGUGAACUUCCUGUGGGGCAUCUUCCAAAGGGUCGACAAGGACCGCAGCAGCGUCAUCUCAGACAUGGAGCUCCAGCAAGUGCUGUCCAACGGAACAUGGACUCCAUUCAGUCCAGCAACUGUUAGAUCUAUCAUAUCCAUGUUUGACAGGGAGAACAAAGGUGGUGUGAACUUCAAUGAAUUCACAGGAUUCUGGAAAUACAUAUCUGACUGGCAGAAUGUCUUUCACACGUAUGGUAGAGACAAUUCAGGAAUGAUGGACAAACAUGAACUAAAGCAAGCACUAACAGGUUUUGGUUAUCGACUAUCUGACCAAUUCUACGAUCUCCUCAUUCAGAAGUUUGACAGACAAAGAAGAGGACAAGUGGCUUUUGAUGACUUCAUCCAGUGUUGUGUUGUCAUACAGAAAUGGACAGAUGUCUUCAGACGCUAUGAUACUGACCAGGAUGGCUGGAUCCAAGUGCCUUAUGAACAGUAUCUCUCCAUGGUCUUCAGUGUUGUAUGA